GCGCCGCAGAGGGUAAACGCGUUGGUCGAGUUGCACCACAGAAGAAAAUGGCCACCAUCUGUCAUUGCGCUGACGGCUAAGGACUCGUUGUAAUUGUAAAGGAAGGACAUUGCAAAUUGGUUUUUCAAAUCGUGUUUUAUCGUGUUGAGUAGCCUUCUGAGUAUUCGUCGACAUCUUCCAACAACAAUACAUAGUUGUAGAAAAUCGUGUAAUGCUCGCGUGAGUUUCGUGGUACGCGCGGGGCUGAUAUGUUACAUUGCUGCUAGCCACCCAUUUUUUUCUCGUUCCCUCUCUCUUGCGCUCACUGCAGUUAAAGAGAAAAACACGAGCAUUUAAAUGUGAUAGUGUACCUAAUAUGUGUGUAGUGUAGAGAAAGCAUAAACAGCACAGCUUCUGUACGUGCACGAGUGGGAAAAUAGAGACGGCGACAUUUAGUGAAUCAGAAAUUAAAAAACAUCCGAGUUUGGCAUUAGAAUCAUCAGCGUUUUGCGUCCUACAUUGGAAAUAUCUGCGAAAAGAAGCCGGAGGGUACCAGAAACACGAAGCCGAGGAGAGGACGAGGCCAGAAAACAAAGAAGUGCUCGUCGUGUAACGCAGCAAACAUCAUGGGCUCCAGCCAACAAUUCUCCCUUAGGUGGAACAAUUACCUCAAGCACAUCACCUCCGCGUUCGACACCCUCAGGACUGAUGAAGAUCUCGUGGACGUGACAUUGAGCUGCGAGGGGAAAAGAAUCCGGGCCCACAAAAUGCUUCUGUCAGCGUGUAGCACAUAUUUUCGAGACUUAUUCAAGGAAAACCCCUGCCAGCAUCCCGUAAUCAUAUUUAGGAAUGUCAAGUUUGAUGAUUUGGCUGCUUUGGUUGAUUUUAUUUAUCAAGGUGAAGUUAAUGUUGUGCAAGAACAAUUGGAUAGUUUUAUGACAACAGCUGAACUGUUGGCUGUACAAGGUCUUACGGAUGGUUCCAGGAAAGAUGACUGUUUGAUGGAGGAGGAUAUUGAAGUUCCCAGUGAACCAGAAGUACAAUUAAGAAAUAUGUCUGGUAGAAUAAUGACAAAUGAUAGGGUAAGAAAAUCACCAGGUUCGCCGUUGCCAUAUUAUAAUACAGAUUCUCAGAAAGCCGAAUUACCACCAAACAAGAGAAGAAGGUGUAAAGAAAAUUCAAAUGCACAUUCAGAAAGAAACAGGCACAUUUCUUCACCCAAGGAUUCUGACAAAUCUGAUGGUCAAGUAGCUGAUCCAGUUGAAAUAAUUCCUCUGAUGCCGAAUUUAAAAUUGGAAAUGCCGGAGUAUUUGGAACAAGACGGAAGCAGUUGUAGUUACGAAGAGCAAAGUACGGGCGACAAUUCAAAAAUGUUGGAUGACAAUCCGGAAUUGAUAGACAGCGAUCACAAGCCAGAAAUCACGCAGACCUUUUAUUCCAAUCAAUCGACGGACAAUUUGGAUGCGACUAAAUCAUCUGACUUAGGGUAUUUACUUUCUAAACCUGGAACGAGUUCAGGUGACAGGAUAUCUCACGAAUCACUCCAAGAUUCUCGUACAGUGGUCAUCGAACAACCGUCGCAUUCUUGCAAACUCUGCGGUAAAACGUUCUGGAACCGAGAUUCCAUGUAUAAGCACAUGAACAUGCACAAGGGCACGACCCAGUGCCCGGUGUGCCACAAAGUCCUAAGCCGCACGACGCACAUGAAGCGCCACCUGAAAAACCGCCACGGCUGGCUCGGCGUGGGAUCAACGCAGGACGCUGCCUCCGUCGUUGCCAACUCCAACUCGCGGUCCAACGCCACCUCCUCCACCACCACCACCAACACCAACACCACCUCCUCGUCCUCAGCAGCUAGGGGUAGCCGUGGCGCCGGCACGUCGUCCCCCAAUGGCGCAGCCGAUUCCGGGACCCCGACCUUCACGACCAUACGCAUCAGGGAGAGCAGCGUCGAGAGAAUCACUUCUAGUCCCCUCCCUUAGUCCAGCGGUCGGGGGGUGCCGCAGCGAACAGUUCCACCGAGACGAUCACGACGACGCCCACGACGACGAAGACGAGAGGGAGCUAUCAAGAGAUGAGAGCCAAGAGUUGUGCACGCGUAUGCGACGCGUGAUUAAAGAAAGAGAAAAAACAAAAUUAAAAUUAUUACAAUUAACUAACUAAAUUCAAACCAAAACAGACACAACAUAUACUACCUGUCUUUGAAAAGGAUUCGCGCCCUAGUCAUUUAUACACAAAGUCUAUAUAUAUACAUUAUAUUUGUUUUUUGCGCGUGAUUGUGCGGGUGGGCUUGAGGUAACGCACCCUCGCGAUGCGUGUACAUAAAUAUACUAAAUAAUGGGCGUGCAUGGUGAUAAAUAUAUAAAUAUAAAUACUGGUGUACGUGGAUGUGGUACAUAAAUGUAUACAAACAGACGUGUACGUAAUUUGAUAUUUAACCGGCGAGAUGUAAAUCUAUGUAUGUACGUGUACGUGUGAGAUCCACGAUAUGUAAAGUCACUGCACGUGUCGAAUUUUAUUCUUACGUGACACGUCGAGUGUUUACGAGAAAAGUAGUUUUCCUCGUCAUUUGAAUUGUAUUUCGAUUUUCAUUGACGAUCUGAUGUGUUAGUCGUGUAUUGUUUUAUUUUCAUUUAUUUAGACAACAUUUCCGUCGGUGUCUCGAGUUGACGUGAACUUUGCGCACCAGAGUGCUCGAACUUACUAAUACGUAGUAAUAAUUACCACACACACACGCUGCAAAAGCUCAUCUUGCAACCAAAGAUAAUCAGAUAGGCGAAUAACGUGGAAAAUAAAUGAUAUUAUCUAGUCAAAGCUAUUAAUUUUUCCAGUACUUAACUAGCAUAUACAUGUUUCAAGAGGAAUGUGCAUUUUCUCAGUGGCCGUGUAUCAUCGUCGUGUAAAUUUUGUUACUGCGUUAGCAAGUACAAGCUGCUUUUGUAUUUUUGUUUUGUUUUUUGUCUUUUUUCUUCAAAUAAGUAUCGAUACAAUUUUUACUUUUAACUUUACUAAAAAGCGUGGGGGCUUAUUUUAUCAAAUUCGUAAUAGAUGUGACUGUAAACACGAUGUACGAGCGAAAAUAUUUAUUUUAAUAUACCCUUUCCUAAUUAAAAAAAAACUCGAUUGAGUUUAGUACCACAGUCGUAGGUAUAAUAUAAAUGAGCCCUCAUUGCCGAACGGUCGCUAGAAUGCCAUACUAGUCUUGCAAGUAAUGUGAGGUUAUGUGCACCAAGUAAUAUUUUCGUGUGAUCUCUGGUCUGAAUGUGAUUGUGAGAAAAAAAGGAAGAGAAAUAAGUUGAAGAAAAUUCUCAUCCUAAAACUCGAAAAUAUCCUUAGAAUAAACGAUCCGUUGUAUAUUAUAUAUGUAUUCUCGAUGUAUGUUUGUAAUUUUUUUUUUUUUCUUCAUGAUAUAA